AUGCAUAAACACAUGAUUGAUGGCAAAUCUGUUGGUUCAGGACCCAGUAAGAAAUUAAGCCCCCCCUUUCAGGUCGUCAACAGAGUUUUCCGCUUCUCUGGCUAUUCAGGUCUGUAUAGUUGUCUUGGAUCGUUAACUUUAGGAAGAAUUUCAGGAUUCUCACAGCUUUCUGCAAAGAUGGUCGACAUGAUAACUAUGUGGAAGUCAGUGAAUCUUUUCUAG